AUGGCCGACCAGAAUCAAAGCUACAAGUACCUGAACCCUCAGCUAGGGGCCACAUUCGUGCCUUCGGGUCAUGAUGAUUUUUACAUGCCCGAAGUCGUGUCACCAACUCCACAGAGAAUAAUGCCAGAAGUGCCUUCAAAUAUGCAAGAGGGGCUCGCCCAUCUCGAACUGGAAGCACGAAACCCUCAGGGUCAUAGGAUGAGCAACUCAUCGACCGUUUCCUCGAUGCAAUCGCCCUACCUCGAUCAACGAAGCUCGACGCAAGGUGCGCCGCGACCGGGAGGGCAAGCUCAUGGAGGCGGUUAUCAGCACACAAAUGCUUCUGCAUAUCAAGAUAUGGGGAGGGAACAGAAGUAUGGAGGGGCUCCCAUAGAGUCGCCCAAAUUCAGCCCAUUCCCGAAGCUGCGAGAUCCCGGCCCAAAUGUCCCGCCCUCAGACGAAGAGAAGGAGGAGGUACUAGACAGAGCCAGACCUUUGGUAUUGAAAUCUACGGAUCCAGAGAUGCAGUUGGCAUGGGCACAGGAUUCUUUAUCUUGGGUAGAAAUUGCGAGCCAAGCUGCUGUUCGCAUGCAACCUGAAGGACAACCAGGAAGAUCCAUUACACCGAAAGUCGAGCAUCAGCUGAGAGAGGAUGCCCUUAACAUUGUCAGAUUCUUGGCAGACCAACAUCACCCAAAGGCAGAGUUCAUGAAGGGACAAUGGCUGGAGUUCGGGAAAUUCGGAUACCGUGUGGACAAGAAGGAGGCUUUCUUGGGAUACAAGAGAGCAGCAGAAAAGGGCUAUGCUCGAGCUGAAUACCGAAUAGGCAUGCAAUAUGAGAACUCGAACAACUCUGCCAAAGCCGUCGAGCAUUAUAGAAAGGGUGUUGCAAUACGGGAUUCUGCCUCAAACUACAGAUUGGGCAUGAUGACAUUGCUUGGACAACACGGAAUGCCGCAGGACUACCAGCGAGGUGUUGAUCUCAUUCGAUUUGCUGCUGAGACCGCAGAUGAGAAUGCCCCUCAAGGUGCCUAUGUUUAUGGAAUGCUUCUUGCUCGAGAACUUCCCAACAUUAGUGUGCCGGAACAAUACCUGGCUUUUGACCUCAACGAUGCCAAGAUGUUCAUUGAAAAGGCAGCAUAUCUCGGAUUUGCUAAGGCACAGUUGAAGAUGGGUCAAGCAUACGAAUUGUGUCAACUUGGUUGUGAAUUUGAGCCUGCUCUUUCUUUGCAUUAUAAUGCCCUUGCGGCUCGUCAAGGAGAAGCAGAGGCUGAGAUGGCUAUCAGCAAAUGGUUCUUGUGUGGUUAUGAGUCAGUCUUUGAGAAGAAUGAGGAGUUAGCUUUCACCUACGCCAAGAGAGCUGCUGCUGCCAGGCUUCCCACUGCUGAGUUUGCCAUGGGAUACUUCUACGAAAUUGGCAUGUACGUACCAGUGGAUCUUGCAGAAUCAGAGGCGUGGUACCGGAAGGCAGCAGAACAUGGCAACAAAGAUGCUCUGGGAAGAAUCGAUAGCAUCAAGAAGAACAACACUUUGUCGAAGAAGGAUCACGAGCAAGUUGCAAUCUCAAGAAUCAAACCAGACAGGUUCAAGCAAAAGCCAGCUCCGAUGGGUGCCAUGGCAGAGGAAACGGUAGACAUGCCAGAUCCACGAAAUUCGUACCCUGCAGUUGCACCUUUGCGUCCCAACAAGAAUGCCCCUCUUCCUCAACGACCAGUUUCCACAGCACCGUAUCCUGAAGAUGAUCGGGUUCCUGGAGCGUACAAUUAUGGUAAUCAAGGUCUGAAGCCUGGAUCAGGACCAAACUCGCGACCUGGAUCCAGCUCAGGACCUCAAGCAGAUAGACCAUCCUCGGCUUUUGGUAUCAGACCUAUGGCGCAUGCGAACACUGAUCAGUUCAACCAAGGUGGACUUAGACAGCAGGAAAUGCGGCCUUCCACCAGCAUGGGAAAUAUGCAAGUUCCUCCAGCUGGACGUGGCCACAAUCCAGCCGGUCGAGAUCGUAUUGUGUCAGCUGGUUGGGAACCACAACAACCUAGCAAUUACCGACAAUCCCCCAGUGGAGCACCUUCACUGCCACCAGUUGACUUUGGUCGACCAACGAACUUUGAUCCCAGUGCACCAAGCAAACUCCAGAAGCCUCCUCCAAAUAUGAUGAAGCAGCAACCUCCUCAACCACAAGGCGGUCCUGGAUAUCCGACAGAGCCUUAUGGUAGAACUUCAUCAUCCAUCGCCGACCCUGCAGUACAGAGACGUGAUCCUGCUUCGAAUCAAUUCGUCAGACCAGAGCGAGGCAGCUCUAUGCAACCGCCGAUGAUGACUCCUCCGGUCAUGAGCCCACCUCCUCAGAUGGAUGCUCGAAGGCCGCCUUCUAUUCCUGCACAUCAGCAGGGAAGACAAGAUUCGAUGCCUCAAAGCCAAAGUCGACAAAGCAAUCGUCCACCGCAGCACACAAUGUCAUCCCAAGGUCCAAUGCCGUCUCAAGGUCCUGACUCAAGACCAUCAUCUGUUGCUCCGUCUGUUACUUCCACAGGAUCUGGACCUCCUAAGAAAGCAGGUCCUGCAACUUUUGAGGAGAUGGGUAUCCCAGCCGGGAAGAACGAGAGCGAUUGUGUAAGUCAUCUCCACACCUACUCACACUCAUCUUCUAACAUUCUAAUCAGGUUAUGA